AUGUCCGACGUCCCACCAACCGAGCCCAUAUCCCAACCAGAAGAACCGAAAGCUGCAGAACCACAACAGUCUCCUCAGCAACCUCAGUUCCAGCAAGUACCUCCGAUUUACUACCAAUUUCCACCUCAAUGUUACUACCCACCACAAGGCUUCCCGAACUACCCUCCUCCUCAGCCUAUGCCUUACUUCCCCAACCCUUGGAUGUUUAUGCAAAACCCUGCCCCACAAUUCCAAUCUCAAUCCAAGAGAGACCAAGAGUUCGAGGAAG